GAAACUACUGUUGAAUAUAUACUGUAGUUAUCACAGAGCAGGAGAAGAAAUUCGUAGGAACGCAAACAAAUUCCUGAGUACGAGACCCAAUGACAUUUUCGCAUAUUUAUCAUUGUUCUAAGCUAAUCGAAGCUGACAAAAACAAAACCCCCAAAGAGACGAAGAAAUGAUUGAACAAGUUUCUUGUGCGUAUCAAGCGGUUCGCUUUUUGCCAUUUGAUCGGACCUAGCCGGCUCCGGAACCGCCACCAAGUUUAGUUUGAGCUUAGAACUCGGCGCGACGUGUUGAUCAAAUCGCUGAGAUGUGUUAAGAAUACGCCUCAAUAAAAAAAAAUAAUACAAUUAUAAAAAAAGGCAAUAAAAUGGCAAAGCCAAGGUCGCAAGAUGCAGCUGGAAACGGGACGGACCAGAAUCCGGAACCCAAGCUUAAUUACUUCCAGAAGCUGUGGCGCUAUCGCCACUACCUGGUGAUCGAGCCCUUCUUCUUUUUCUACUUUAUGGCAUCGGUUUUCAAUGCGGUGGCUAUGCAGAAUUUUCCCUUAGACAAAGCUUGCCGGGUGAAUCUGGGUUACAAUAAGGUGGUCUGUGACACUAUGCUGGAUAAAUCGGAGGUGGGAAUCGAGUGCGACGACUUUGAUUUCGCCAACACCACCCAGGGGGCCACUCCGGAUUUGGCCGACCUUGUGAUCGGAGCCACGGGAUUCAACUACACGGUCUGCAAGGCGGAACUGGAGGCCCAGAUCCUAGCAGCAGAUGUCUCCGGAAAACGAGCUCCGAUGGCUGCUAUUUUCCCGUUGAUUGUCCUUCUUUUUGCUGGAGGAUGGGCGGAUCGCUACAACAAAAGAAAGCCCUGCAUGAUUCUGCCAAUUGUGGGCGAGGCUUUGUCCUUUACAUGUCAGAUCAUCUCAUCGAUAUUUUUCGACUCAUUACCCAUGGAGUUUGGAGCCUAUUGUGAGGCUAUUGUGCCUGCCCUCUUUGGUGGAUUAACCUUCUGUUUGAUGGCCAUUUAUAGUUACAUCACCAUAGCCACUCCGGAGGAGGACCGUGUAUUUCGUUUUGGAAUCUUUGCCAUGUUUGUCACUGGAGUUCCCUUCAUAGGGCAACCGAUAAGUGGUUUACUGUUUAGUACCUUGGGAUACACCUGGUCAUUUGCCUCUGCAAUUGUAUUCCAAAUCAUUGCUAUAACCUACAUUAUCUUCUUUGUGAAAGAGGUCAAGUCCACACCCAAAUCGGUAGACUCUCAGUCCAAUGAGCCUCCUCCACUGCCCUCGACCUUGCCGCCCAAGCAGGGUGCCGAGAAUAUGGCUUAUGAGACCACAAAUCUGGACGAGUUGCAGGCCAACAAGAAUGUAAACUUCCAACUGACCCCACAAAUGGAACCAAAAGUCGAGGUUGUGCCACCGAAAAAGUCCCUUUUCAAGGAAUUUUUUGAUCCCACAUUGGUCUUGGACUGCAUCCGCUUCCCCAUUGUAAAACGACCCAACAAUGGACGCCUUCUGCUCAUCCUGCUUUUGUGUGCCUACUUCUUGACCGUGGGUCCCGUAUCCGGAGAGAACGAUUACUGGUACAGAUUCACCCUUAAGAAGCUGGCCUGGAACGGCAACGACUUCAGUAUCUAUCUAACCUUGUCCAGUGGAGCGGCUCUGGUUGGCACCUUCAUUGGUACCGCCAUUCUUAGUAAACUACUAAAGGUUUCCGAUUCCAUGAUCGGAAUUCUGUCUGCCUUGUCCAUUGUCUGCUCCCGUGUUCUGUUUGCUUUUGCUAGCACCACUUCAUCAUUUUAUGUAGCCGGAGUGGUGGAUAUGUUUGUCAGCUUACGAGUUAUUGCCAUAAAAACCAUUGGAUCCAGCAUUGUCGAUGGCGACGAAUUGAGUAAAAUGUACUCGAUCUUUGGCAUCAGUGAGCCUAUUGCCCAGUUCAUUUUUCCUCCAAUUUUCAGUGAAAUCUACAAAAGCACUGUAGACUCAUUCCCAGGGGCCAUUUGGCUGUUUGGCGAAAUCUUUUAUAUCCCCAAUGUCUUGGUCUUUGUGCUGUGCUACUUCCUGUUGCGUCGCCGCAAGGCAAAGGAGCAAAAGAACUCUGUUGAGCUGGAGCGCAAUGGUGCCAAUGGUUCUAAUGGAGCCAACGUUCCCGAUAGCGAAAUAACUAGUCUAUAACUUAUUAAAAGCCAGUUAUUAUGUAUAUUUACGAAAUAAAUUUUAACUUUUUCUAUAAAUGUUAAUUAUAUCAUACAUGUGAUGCCUGUAAAAAUAAAAAGCGUAAUUUUUUGCAUUUAAUUGAUUUUUGGCCGUUGACUUUACUUAAGUAAAGAAUAUAAUGUAAUUAAGAUAAAAGAGAGUCAAAAAAGCCCACAAAUAAAA